AUGACUCCACUCACCAAUGAACCUCCUGCACCAGCAUGGUACCGUCGUCUGCCCAAACCUCCAACCGAGCAUAAUCCCGCAUUACAUCGCACCUCCUUGCUCUCGCAGCAUCAUAUAUUCCAUGAGCCCUCUUCAGAUCGACGUACAGGAGAGGAUGCUUUGCGGAGAAGUACAAUUCAUGUUCCAGAGACAUCUCGCUCCAUGGACGGGAUAGCUCCAGGAGGACAGCAGACAGCAUUCAAUAAUGGUUCCAGAUCUGCUUCGCCUUCCAAGAGAGCUCGGUCUAUGGACAUUGAGGAGGACCACUCUCAAGCCGAAUCAGCCCACGGUAGUACUAAUGCCAGGGACCAUUUGUGUUUGUGUCCGUCUGAACCCAAGAUACCACGACCCAGAAAUUCGUUCAUGUUGUUUCGUCAACAUCAACAAUCCAGUAUCAUGGCACAGAAUCCAGGAUUGCCUAUUCCGGACGUGUCAAAGAUUAUCGGAGAACAAUGGAGGCGUCUAUCAGCCGAGGCCAAAGAGGAAUGGAAUUUGCUUGCGGAAGAAGAGAAAGCCCGUCAUCAGCAGCAAUAUCCCGGUUAUCGCUAUCAACCACGACGCAACGCCAAAGCUAGCAACCAAUCUUCGAUAUCCGGACCUUCUACUGCUGAACCACAGGAGCCUUGCAGCAAGUGCGGCGGGAAACCGAUGAGUUAUUAUAAUAAUCCAAGUCCAAUAUACACUCCGCCAGCUUCUGCUGCACAGCAAUCCAUGGCCAUGCAAGUUCCUGCCAAACGCAGCUACGUCGUCAGCAAUGCACCUGGUCAGAGGCUGCCUCCUACCUCUCCCGAACAUAGGGCUCAGCAGAAGGCUUUUGUCGAAGCUUAUCCCUACCAACGAGUCGAUCCUCGACUGAUAUACGCGGUACCUGCCAACCAACCUCUCCCGACUCCUCCAUCGUCGGAUUCGCAAGAUGUGAAGAGACGGCGUUUCAAUAGCAGCGGGGUCUAUAUGCCAGCUCGCGAAACAUACCCUGAAGCAGCAUACGCUUAUGCUCAUUCUCCUAUUCUAAACGGCCCAUAUUCUCGUCCAGAGGUUGUGCACGUUCAACAUGUCCAGCAAGGCGCCAAACCUGCAAUCGUCUCUCCUCCCCGAGCAGUCUAUCCGCGCCCACCACAGCUUCAACCUGUUCGACCACCUCAUCCACAUCAGCGAAACAGAUCAACUGUCGCAUUGCCACCAAUUGAAACAAUGGUGUCACAGACUCCGAUCAAGUCUUCUUCAGUUCAUUCCCAAGGCUCUGGUGUAGAGGCUAUGAUCAUGUCAAUACCUGUCCUGAACAAGAUCAAGGUUCUCUCUCAGAUAUCCUCUCCUCUUCCAGCACCUGGUCCCUUGUCCCCUAAGCCGGAAGUUCGUGGCGCCAUUAUUGCAGUUGAAGGUAUGGAUCCUACAACCGUGAACAGCAUGACCAAUUCGCUUGCCGAGCAGCUGGAAAAAGAAGGGAAAUUCGCCGUCAGGAUCUUUGGCGGUCCAGAUCCAUUUACCACGAUUCAGAAUGCUCGAAAUGACUCAAAUGCACGAGGUCGUCCGAUGACAACUGAAGUCUACUUGAGCAUGCUGAGCGAAUGGCACAAGAUCAACAAGGAAAUGGUUGAGUACAUCAGCAUGCGGCCUGGAGGAUCCGAACUCAAAGGUAAUCGUGGAUCUGGACUCAAGUCAUCAUCUAUGCUGGUAGAACCUUGCCACAGUGAUCCUGAUCACCCAAUGGCUGAUGCAGAGGGUCCUAGCACUCCAGAAAAGACUCUCCGGAUAUAUCAAGGCAAAUCAGAUGCCCAUAAUGACUCCGCGAUCAGUCCCACGACAAUGGACAAAGCUGCCGAAUUGUCGAUAAUUUCACCUCCCGCUAAAGGACGAAGUCAAAGUACAAGCGAGUACAGUAUUCGCCCGCCGCCACUGACAUUUCCACGGCCACACAAUUCGACCCGCAUCCCUCCACCUCCGCCAACGCCUCCUCCUGCUUCGCCGCCCCCACCGCCGCCACCAGCCUCGAAGCCUUCCUCCAGAAUUCCAUCUGCUCGGACCCCUCAGGGAACGCCUGCACCAGCGGCGAUGGACCCAAAGCCCCAGGAGGGACCGCAGUUGCCACGACCAUGUAGCAACGCAAUCCCCAUCGCUCUUGUUCCGCAUUUCCAACUUACGACCAUCGACGCAUCCUCCAUCGCCAUGCCAAUCAGCGACGGCUUUUCUCCACCAGCACACUGGCAAUGGUUCGCUACCCUGUGGCGUGGCAGCAUUGGGCCGGACAUUACCAUUGUCAUCAAAGGUGUUGACGACGAAGUCGACGGAGGAGAGGCGGCACGAGCAUCAGUCAGUGCUCCGGGCAACACACCAAUGCUUGGACGGGACAGAACUUCCAGUGCGGGUUUGACCGCCGCUAGCGGCCAUUCCGGUGUCGACAUCAGAUUGAAUGACUGUCAUGCGGUUAUUGUUAAGACGGCUAUCCUUGAUAUGUCAACGACUUCCAGGGGGCCGGCGGCCGCGGAAAGAAACCAAGGAGAUAAAACGUUGAAAAAUGCUGGGAGUGUGGUGCCGGUUAAUGCUGCUCACCAGGCAAAAGAGAUGGAGAAUUGGGAGAAGGCGAAGCGUAGAGUCGGAUUUGAGGUGGAGGAAUUUUUGAGGAGAUAAAUUGUAUGUUGCGAGCUGGUCCGAUUUGAGAUACCCAAGGCAUUUGCGGCGCUAUGGAUGGCCAUGGGGUUUUAUGCACGGGAAUGCCUGGCAAGGAUAAGUGCUUGAAGUACUAGCAAGCUGGACUUUGCAUAGGGACUUGUUGGGUCAAAAGGGUAUCAUAAGGGAGAGAAAAUAGUGUUAUUGGACCGAACCCCUUGGGCACAAAAAAUGGGAUUGUCG